GAAAUCACAAAGACUUUGCCAGAUGUCUCGAUCGGACGGGGAAGCGAGAAGCACGCCGGCGCCCGGCACGCCGGCGCCCGGAGGCGGGUGCCCGCCGGUGGGCAUCCAGCUGGAGGGCAUCAUCCUGCCCCCGGUGCUGACGCUGGACGUGGUGCUGGGCCUGCUGGGCAAUGCGGUGGCGCUGUGGGUCUUCUGCUUCCGGCUCAAGCGCUGGAACGCCAACACGGUGUUCCUGGUCAACCUGGUGGCGGCCGACUUCCUGGCCCUGGUCAGCCUGCCGCUGCGCAUCCACGCCCUGCUGGCUGGCCGCUGGGUGUUUGGCGACGUCGCCUGCCGCCUCAACCUCUUUCUUAUGUUCUCCAACCGCACCGCCAGCAUCGCGCUCAUGACCGUCAUCGCCUUCUACCGAUACGCCAAGGUGGUCCACCCUCUGGGCCGCUUGACCCGCUUGAGCAAGCGGCAGGCGGGCGUCUUGGCGCUGCUGGUGUGGCUGCUGGUGAGCGCUCCUCGCCUGCCCAUGCUGGCCUACGACCACGUCAAGCGCGGCCGCGGCGCCCCCCAGUGCUUCUUCUUCACGUCCUACCAGGAGGCCUCUCGCGGCAUCGUGAUCCUGGUGGCGAUGCACCGCGUGCUGACCGUGCUGGAGUUCGUGGUGGCGCUGGCUCUGCUGCUCUUCUGCUGGGUGCGGAUUCGUCGCUCGCUCACGAGCCACCGGCAGAUGGGAGACGGCGGCAAGGUGCGCAAGGCGCUGCGCGUGUGCGCCGCCAUCGUGGCCAUCUUCCUGCUCUGCUUCCUGCCCACCAGCGUCACCACGCUGGGCCUGUGGCUGAGCCGCUCGCUGCGGCCGCACGACUGCGCUUCCUUCUACGCGCUCACCCAGCUCACCAUCGUCUCGCUGGGCCUCAACUUCCUCAACUCGGCCCUGGACCCCAUCCUCUACGUCUUCUCCAGCUCAGUCUUCAGGAAGGCGCUCCUGGCUGCCGUGCCCCCGCGACUGCGCCGCUGCCGGGCGUGGGACGCCGACUCGUCCGAGAGCGGCGGCGCGUCUCGCUCCACCGGCCAGGUGGAGCUUGGGACCGUGAGGCCGACCCCUGCCGCUGAAGCUUUGUGAGAUGCCACGCAAGCUCGUUUGCUCCUCGACAAAUCGUUCAAAGCGCGACAAUGCAAUCAUGCAUUUCCUAAUUAUUCUGAAAAAUCAUUUUAGGUUAUUUGAGGUAAUGUUUUGUUUCAGAAGUGUGCAGCUUUCACUUUCAAAAAAGGUCGCUGACUGAAAUCAAGCACUCUGAGCAUAGCACCACCAAGCGGACAGAUUGUACAACUACAUCAACACGUCAACUCUCGUCGUCUGUCUGCACGUUUUUGUUUGUCGAGGAGCAGCGAAAAUAAAUUCAACAGCAAGCGUGUCAAUCAAAA